AAUCACUGCCCUUUUUUACUGCCUCAAGGUGAAGAUGUACAAAAGGUUUUAGAUGAGUGGAAAGAAUACAAAAUGGGAGUGCCAACUUAUGGUGCAAUUAUUCUCGAUGAGACACUUGAAAAUGUUCUUUUGGUUCAGGGCUAUUUAGCAAAGUCUGGUUGGGGAUUUCCCAAGGGGAAAGUAAAUAAAGAAGAGGCCCCUCAUGACUGUGCUGCUAGAGAGGUGUUUGAAGAAACUGGGUUUGAUAUAAAAGAUUAUAUCUGCAGAGAAGAAUACAUUGAGCUGCGAAUUAACGAUCAGUUAGCAAGGCUGUACAUCAUUCCAGGAGUUCCCAAGAAUACAAAAUUCAACCCCAAAACUAGAAGGGAAAUUCGGAAUAUUGAGUGGUUUUCCAUCAACAAAUUGCCAUGCCACAGAAAUGACAUGACCCCGAAGUCCAAGCUGGGUUUGGCACCUAACAAAUUUUUUAUGGCAAUUCCCUUCAUCAGGCCAUUGAGGGAAUGGAUUUCCCGGAAGAAUGGAGAUUCCUCAGAUAGCGACAAUGGAUUUUCAUCUGCAGAGAGCACACCCUCUAAGCCCAACUUGGAAAAACCUAGAUUCAAACUUCGCUGUAGUCAGCAGGUGUUUACAGAUGGCUUUUCAGGAGAGCAGGGGGUGAAGCCAAAACAGCCACAGAAGCCGUGUAAUCAUCCUGAGAUGCCUGAAGUUUUGAAAAUAAAGAGUCAGAGCUUGAGGAGCAAUGGCAGAAAGCAGUACCAAGACACUUCCAGCCAAAAGAAGCGAACAAAUGGAGUCCACAGUCAACCAGUUAAGCAAAACCACACCUUGAAAUGUGAAAGAAGGCUUAAUCUAAGAAGAGUUCAAGAUAACUUUGAAACAGAUGCAGCAUAUGAGAUGUGUUGCUCCAGCGAAGACCCACUGCCACAACAUGUAGACGGAUGUUCUGUGGCAUGCAAUGGCCGUUACAAAUUUUCUUUCUCAUCAAGAGCUUUCUUGAGUUUCAAGUUUGACCAUGAUGCUAUAAUGAAAAGUUUUGACCUCUGA